AUCUCAUCUUUUACAUCGUCUGUAGUCGAUUCUUUGCAGAGGAGCGCACUGCUCAGAAAAGAUGAAGCUUUCACUCGUCCUGUUUCUCAUCGCCAUCUCCACUGCAUUGGCCGGGAGCUCCACUGUGAAGACUCUGGUGUUCCCUAAGGCUUCCAGUAACAGCUAUGUGGAGCUGACUGCUCGUAGACAGCUGCGCCUGAGGGCUUUCACUCUCUGCAUGCGUGUGGCCACCGAGCUCACUGGUUGGAGGGAGGUCAUCCUGUUCUCAUACCGGACCAGCAGCCGUGAUGAGCUGAAUGUGUGGCGAGAGAAGGACGGCCGUCUGUCCUUGUACCUUGGUGCGAGCUCUGGUGGCGCUAAGUUCAAGGUCCCUCAGCUCGGAGCGUUAGAGACCCACCUGUGUGUCACCUGGUCCUCCGGUACCGGCGCCGUGAACCUCUACUUAGACGGGAGGAGGAGCUUGACCAAAAUCUACAAGCAUGGCCACACCACGCUCGCCGGGGGAAGGAUUAUCCUGGGACAGGACACUGAUUCCGUGGUGGGGAAGUUUGACUACUAUCAGAGCUUCGUCGGGGAGAUCUCUGACGUGAACAUGUGGAGCUACGUCCUCUCUGAGAGCGCCAUCCAGCAGAUGGCCUGUGGGGAGAGGCUGAAGAGUGGAAACGUUCUCUCCUGGGGUUCCACACGCAUGACAGUUCAUGGGAACGUUGAUGUUCUCCGUCGUAAGCUGUAACUGCAAUGCUAAAACACCACACGCUGAAAUAAUGGCGGCAAGGUCCAGAAAGGCAAGAAUGUCCCAAAAUAACACCUGUACGGCACAUAUGUAAUCCUAAUUUCACUUUAAUAAACGCUUCUGCAUGCAUGAACAUGA